CCCGUCAGCCCCCAGCCACGGCCCCAGGUGCCCAGCUACCAGCCCAAGCAGCAGCCCCAGCCACGGCCUCAGGUUCCCAGCUACCAGCCCAAGCAGCAGCCCCAGCCACGGCCCCAGGUUCCCAGCUACCAGCCCAAGCAGCAGCCCCAGCCACGGCCUCAGGUUCCCAGCUACCAGCCCAAGCAGCAGCCCCAGCCACGGCCCCAGGUUCCCAGCUACCAGCCCAAGCAGCAGCCCCAGCCACGGCCCCAGGUUCCCAGCUACCAGCCCAAGCAGCAGCCCCAGCCACGGCCCCAGGUUCCCAGCUACCAGCCCAAGCAGCAGCCCCAGCCACGGCCUCAGGUUCCCAGCUACCAGCCCAAGCAGCAGCCCCAGCCACGGCCUCAGGUUCCCAGCUACCAGCCCAAGCAGCAGCCCCAGCCACGGCCCCAGGUUCCCAGCUACCAGCCCAAGCAGCAGCCCCAGCCACGGCCUCAGGUUCCCAGCUACCAGCCCAAGCAGCAGCCCCAGCCACGGCCCCAGGUGCCCAGCUACCAGCCCAAGCAGCAGCCCCAGCCACGGCCCCAGGUGCCCAGCUACCAGCCCAAGCAGCAGCCCCAGCCACGGCCCCAGGUGCCCAGCUACCAGCCCAAGCAGCAGCCCCAGCCACGGCCUCAGGUUCCCAGCUACCAGCCCAAGCAGCAGCCCCAGCCACGGCCCCAGGUUCCCAGCUACCAGCCCAAGCAGCAGCCCCAGCCACGGCCUCAGGUUCCCAGCUACCAGCCCAAGCAGCAGCCCCAGCCACGGCCCCAGGUUCCCAGCUACCAGCCCAAGCAGCAGCCCCAGCCACGGCCCCAGGUUCCCAGCUACCAGCCCAAGCAGCAGCCCCAGCCACGGCCUCAGGUUCCCAGCUACCAGCCCAAGCAGCAGCCCCAGCCACGGCCUCAGGUUCCCAGCUACCAGCCCAAGCAGCAGCCCCAGCCACGGCCUCAGGUUCCCAGCUACCAGCCCAAGCAGCAGCCCCAGCCACGGCCCCAGGUUCCCAGCUACCAGCCCAAGCAGCAGCCCCAGCCACGGCCUCAGGUUCCCAGCUACCAGCCCAAGCAGCAGCCCCAGCCACGGCCCCAGGUUCCCAGCUACCAGCCCAAGCAGCAGCCCCAGCCACGGCCCCAGGUUCCCAGCUACCAGCCCAAGCAGCAGCCCCAGCCACGGCCCCAGGUGCCCAGCUACCAGCCCAAGCAGCAGCCCCAGCCACGGCCCCAGGUGCCCAGCUACCAGCCCAAGCAGCAGCCCCAGCCACGGCCCCAGGUGCCCAGCUACCAGCCCAAGCAGCAGCCCCAGCCACGGCCCCAGGUUCCCAGCUACCAGCCCAAGCAGCAGCCCCAGCCACGGCCCCAGGUGCCCAGCUACCAGCCCAAGCAGCAGCCCCAGCCACGGCCCCAGGUGCCCAGCUACCAGCCCAAGCAGCAGCCCCAGCCACGGCCCCAGGUGCCCAGCUACCAGCCUCAGCCCCAGUGAUAAUAUCCCAGUGGUGUUUCAACUGAUGGGCCUCAUUCGAUUUAUCUUGUACUAUGAUGUGAAAUAAAAUGCAUUUUCUACUA